CGAUGCUGAAAAUACUCUUUUUUUACUGUUGGUGGGUGAUUUUGAAAUGGUCAAUGAAACAAGUUACAUAUUUAUUAAUUUAAUUCAUUUUUUUCAUACCCUUGGCCCAUAUAGUAUUUCUGGUGGCCUAGCUAUAUGAAUUUUGUAAGAAGAGUAACAUUAUAAGGGCGAUGAUUUAGCUCAUUUAUUCAGAAACUGUACAUAGUCUUCUUGUAUUUAAUGGAGGCCCCCAAAGUUUGAGGCUCAGGGCUAGCAGGCCUGUCAGCACAGGGCCAUGACCGGCCCUGGUUCUAAAUUUGGGUGAGUUGGGCAUAAUCCUCUUUCGCGAUUCCUGACUAUUCAAUUUUGAUAAGGGGCCACUAUAGUUCUCGGCCAUAUUAAUGUUAUGAGAUGAUAACAUCUCUUAAAAAAAUACACGGUAGAGAAGAGUACAAAGGUAGGUACUCUUGGUAAAAGAGAUGGCACAGCCAGGAUGCAACUGUCAUUUUCCCAUCUAAUUAAUUUUUCAAGGUGGAUAGGGAGAGAGGAGUGGGGGAUGCCUAAGCUCCUUUAGAAUUAUUCAUUGGGCUCCCCCCCACCCCAACUGAAAACGACUGCAAGCAACCUGUGGUCCGCCUGUGUUCCCUUUUCAAUUAAUAUUUUUCUUGAUUUGUUUUUCGGGGUUUCCUAAAAUUUGGAUCAUUAGUUGAUCGUCAAUUAAUAAAAGCAUUUCCGUAGUGGGGUUUACAAACCGACCGACUCAUAGAAAUCGUUAGGAAAAUAAGCGUUGAGGAAAAUAUAUUCAGGUAAUAUAUAAAGUCAGUGACACCCUUUGGGGGUUCCCCUGCUUCUUGCCCGGCUACUCUCUCUCUCUUCCUCUGUUUUCUGUCUGUUUCUCUCCCUUUCUCCGUACGUGUCUAUCUCCUUAAUUUCUUUUGGAAGAAGUCGAUAAUGGCGGAUGAUCGUCAUAGUCAGCAGACCGCAGGAGUAGUGGUAUGCUGCAUGUGCGGCGAUGUGGGUUUCUCCGAGAAGCUCUUCCGCUGCAACAAAUGCCGCCACCGUUUCCAGCACUCGUACUGCAGCAACUACUACAACCACCAGUUGGCGGAGCCAGUUGAGCAGUGCGAUUGGUGCCAGAGCGAGGAGAUGAGGAACGCGACGUCGUCGAGGAAAUCCCAAGAUGCUGGCGGCGCCGGCAGUAGCAAUAAUAAGCGAUCCCAGUACUCCGGGUUGAAGAUCAAGCAGCAGCAGCAAGUGGAUGACGAGAUCAGGGGACCGUCGUCGCCGGCGGCGGGGAGGAAUCACGGGGGACUGCCGUCUCCGAAGCCUUCAACUCGGAGGUAUAAGCUACUCAAGGAUGUCCUGUGUUAGGUGGCCUCCAGUACUCCAGAGAUGGUGGUGGAUUCGAUCGCGGUCGCCUUCUCGGUGGUCGGUUUGGUUUUUGGGUUUCUUUUGUUUUGGUGGUGCUGUGGGUUUAGCCUGGUGGACUAAGGGUGUGGGAGGUGUUAAUUAUUAUAUAUAAUUAUGUAAUGUAUAAAUCAUACUUAGUAGGGAUGGUCAAGGUUUUUAAUUAGAGAUAAGAUGAAGGGUACGUAGCCUUUUGGGGUUCUGUUCUGUUCUGCUCCUUCUUUGUCUGUUUCUGUCAAGACUUGUUUUCUUUUUGUCUCGGGAUAUAUAAUAUAUUUCAUCAGUUUAUAAGAUGCAUUUUAAUAUAAUUUUACGAACCAAAAUUAUUGGUUAUUAUUGUUAAAUAAAUGAGUUUUAUAAUU